GUGUUGCUUAAAGGUUUUUGUUCUAAGAAGAACACGGACAAAUAAAGGAAGAGUUUCACUUUGAAAACAAGCACAGAUCCUAUCGUGGGCAUCUUGUGUUUCUUGAGAGGUCUUGGAGACAGUGUCAAGCUUUUUAUUUUUGGAAGGAAUAUUUCACGGGAGGAACAGAGCCGGCCUGAAAUAUUUCCACAUUUUUGUGCUAGUGAAUUAUUCAGUUAGUUGAAGACAGAAUGUCAUCUGUGUGCCUGCAUUUACUGGGAUUCAUGCUGAGCUCCCUGGGCUGGAUCGCUAUUCUGAUUGCCACCAUCACCAAAGAAUGGGUUCAGAGCUGCUCAACAGGAGUGAGUGAUUGCCUUCAUUUCAAUGGAUUGAAACUGAAGGGACUGUGGACUGAAUGUUACCGAUCAACUGACAGUUAUCACUGCAAGACUCUGACGGACAUCCUGACAAUGCCAGCCUAUCUGCAGACCAGCCGAGCCCUGAUGAUCACUGCCUCCAUUCUGGGACUGCCAGCAACUCUCCUCAUACUCACAUCAUUACCAUGUAUGCGGUUUGGAACCGAAUCCCAUUCUUCCAAGCACAAGCAAUCCUUGCUGGGUUCCAUUCUCUACAUAUUGAUGGCAAUCUGUGCAGCUGUUGCCACAAUCUGGUUCCCAGUGGGAGUCCACCAAAAUGCACGGCUCUUCAAUUUCGGCUACUCUCUCUUUGUGGGUUGGAUAGGCACCAUGCUGUGUCUGCUCGGUGGAACAGUGAUUGCAUGCUGCACUGGCCCUUCACCACAGCGCCAGGAAAACCAGUAUUACCCCAAUUCACAAGGCUCCAACUCUAUAACAAACCCGACACAUGCCAAAAGUGCACACGUCUAAGGAACAAGGAGAAGCCCUAACAUCAAGGGACUGGUAAAACCCAUGACAAAUAUCCACCUUAAAAUACCCUCUCUCCUGACUUGAAGGACAAUGCAGAUUGAAGUUCUACUUCACAUUGAAUAGAAAAAGCAACCCUUGUUUGUGAUUUUUAUUGCCAUCUUGUCAUGGAUAAUGUUAAAUUAUGGAAACCAUUAACUCUUGCCUCAGUGAGAAAAAAUGUAAAAACUAAUAUCCAAUCUCAUGCAUCAAAUCUGCAGAUUAGCAAGAUCCAGUCUGGAUUCAUUCAGAUGUGUCAGGUUAUGGAUUUGAGACAUUAUAAAAGUUAAAUAGUUAUUGAUUGAUUACUGACCUAAGCUGUAUUUGUCAGUAAAGUAUAAAAGAGAGAUAGCAGGCUUGUAACUCAAACAGUAUUAUGCAGCCUCUCAAUUGCCAAUUGGGAAUAACCUUCAAAACUAAACUAAAAAUCUGAAAGUAUGCUGUUGUUCUUUACCUAGACCUUUAUUUAGUCUCUGAUCCCUGCUGGCUUGCACAGGUCCUGUACUUCUGUUCGGCGUCAGCAAAUUUGCACGUAACUUGUUAACUACGAUGGAGCCUCAAAAAGAGGAAGGGAACAAUGAGGAUCAAUGGGAUCGUGAGGGGAGGAAGCAGUGGCUGUAAAAGUAUCCCCAAACUGCUGGAAGACCAAAUUUAAAAGAUUAGGAGAUAUAUUCCAGGAUAUUAGGAGUAAGAAAAUAAGCCAAAUAGAACAUAUUCAUCAAAGGGCUAAUUGAUCUUUUGAAAAAGUUACAAAGAGAGGACAUUGAAGUGGACAAUGUAAAUUGUGUCAAGGGAACUGGAUGAUUUGAGUGAGAUGGUGGAUAGGAGUUUGAUAGGGUUGGUCUGACGUAUUGAAUUGUGACAUGAGUUAUUUGAAAUUCUUUUGCAUCAUGCAACACUUUUCUUUUAGACCAUGCAGAUUUAUUUUCUUGUUAGCUCCACAUUCUGUCGUAUAUAUAAAUGUGAAAAUUUAUCAAAAGCAAUGAAUAUUUCCUCAGUUUCUGUUAAACAAUGAAAUCAAUUGAAAUCAAGGGGAGCUGACCUUGAGCAAUAACUGGACAGUGCAAAUUACCCAUAAAACACAGGGCUAGGCAGAUUGGAUGCAGGGAUAAUGUU